UCCGCGGGAACUCUGCCUGGGGUGGGGGCAAUUUGAAAGUUGGAGACAGCUGACCCGGUUCUUUGCUGGACCCAGAGACAUGGCUAGUAAGAAACUAAGACGAGUGGGUUUAUCCCAAGAACUGUGUGACCGUCUCAGCAGACAUCAGAUUAUUACCUGUCGGGACUUUUUAUGCCUCUCUCCACUGGAGCUUAUGAAAGUGACUGGCCUGAGUUACCAAGGCGUCCAUCAACUUCUGCAUGUGGUCAGCAGGGCCUGUGCCCCUCCGAUGAAGACAGCAUAUGCCAUGAAGACUCAAAGGUCCACUGCCAUCACCCCCGCAUUCCUCCCCACGACCCUGUCUGCUCUGGAUGAAGCCCUGCAUGGUGGUGUGGCUUGCGGAUCCCUCACGGAGAUUACAGGCCCACCAGGUUGUGGAAAGACUCAGUUUUGCAUGAUGAUGAGCAUUUUGGCCACUUUACCUAUCGACAUGGGAGGAUUGGAGGGGGCUGUUGUCUACAUUGACACAGAGUCAGCCUUUAGUGCUGAAAGGCUGAUUGAGAUAGCAGAAUCCCGCUUUCCCGGAUAUUUUAACUCCGAAGAAAAAUUACUCUUGACAAGCAGUAAAGUUCAUCUUUACCGGGAACUCAGCUGUGAUGAAGUUAUGCAAAGGAUCGAAACUCUGGAAGAAGAAAUUAUUUCAAAAGGAGUUAAGCUUGUGAUUAUCGACUCUGUUGCUUCAGUGGUCAGAAAGGAGUUUGAUACUCAGCUGCAAGGCAAUAUGAAAGAAAGAAGCAAGUUCUUGGCCAAAGAAGCGUGCCUACUGAAGUACUUGGCUGAGGAGUUUUCAAUCCCAGUUAUCUUGACGAAUCAAAUUACAACUCAUGUGAGUGGAGCCCUCACUUCUCAGGCAGACCUAGUGUCUCCAGCUGAUGAUCUGUCCCUGUCUGAAGGCACGUCUGGAUCCAGCUGUGUGGCAGCUGCCCUAGGAAACACCUGGAGUCACAGUGUGAACACUCGGCUGAUUCUCCAGUGCCUUGACUCCAAGAGAAGGCAGAUCCUCAUUGCCAAAUCCCCUCUGGCUCCUUUCACCUCGUUUCCCUACACCAUCAAGGAUGAAGGCCUGGUUCUUUGAGAGACCACAGGGAUGUGGAGACCUUUGUGUAAAGCUGAAGAGGGCAUGACUGGUGAAAUGAAACAGGACCAGGACUGCUUGGAAGAAGGAAACGGAAGCCGGCAUAAUGGGGAUUAAUGAGUUGAUUGCUGUUAGAUGGUAACAGACUUGCUCCUGCACCUUUGAGCCCAGGAGUUUCAGAGCUGGCAGGGAAGUUGACGACGGAAAAAGCCUUUGUUCCCUUCUGGGGUCUCAGAUCUGGGUGUGUAGGACUUAGGGCUUGCCGGCUCUUGGAUGUCCAUAAGCAUAUAAUU